CUCCAAAUCACCUCACGCGCCUCUCAACGCCACAGGGCCGCCCCUCCCACCGCGAUUCACAUUGAAGCCUAUUCAUAAGCUUGUGUUUGUGUUUCGCUGUCGUACUGCACCACUAUCCUCCCUUCUUCCACGCUUCUUAUGCGGGUACUCGUUUCCGCAUGAGAAAUCACUCUCUGUGCUUCCCCCGGGCGUAUGCCACUACGGGUUUGGCUUUCCUACAUGGCCGGCGGCCGUGCUUUCCAGGCACAAACACCAGACGACCCAGUAUGGUUCCUUCUGGCAGAUGCACAUAUCGGCGUCAAGACGAUGCCGCGUCUCAAUACAUUUUUUAGCAAGCAUUUCUUUCCAGAGUUCGAGGCACAGCGGCCAUCGCAAGUCCUGUUUCUGGGCGAUACGUUCAAUAUCCGUGGAGCUACGGAUCCGGCUCAUCACCGGUUUUUUACUGAUGUGUUGUUCCAGAUCACCACGGCGAAGUGGGCACCGCUGGUUCAUCUUUUGGUCGGGAAUCAUGAUAUGAAAAACCGCUUCAAUCGACAAGACAACUCGGUGUACCCCUUCAGUCUCGCCUCAGGCAAGGUGAACGUGUACUCCGAAACCACAUCAAACACAUUUGAUAAUGUCAAGACGGUGUUCAUACCCUACCACAUCGAUGACAAGACUGUGCGGGAAUACAUUUCCUCUACGUCCUCAUCCGAUACAGUGGCGUUCUACCACGGCCCGGUGAACGGCGCCGUUAUGAACAGUCACAAGCUGUGCGAAGACGCAGAGGUAUCUCCCGGUCACCUGAAGAAGUACAAACAUGUCUUCCUGGGCCAUUUCCACACGCACGGCCCGGUCGGUGGGGAGAAGUCGAGAGUCGUGUACGUGGGCUCUCCGAUCCAGUCGAACAUGGGCGAUGCGGGGGACACAGCCCGUGGAUUCAUCAGCUAUCGUCCACGUGCGAACUCCUGGGUCCUGCAUCGGAACCCGCAUGCCGAGUAUUUCGUAAAGAUACCGUGGAAGGGACUUGCAAAUGUCGAUGAAGGUCAGGUUGCGGGGAAAAAGGUACAGCUAUCAGUUAAGGACGAUAUUCCGGCCAGUGAAAUCGGCAAGGCACGAGAUGCUUUGUACCAACUCGGUGCGGAAAUGGUGGAGGUAUGGUACAAGAAGGCACCAGUACCUAAGGCGGAGUCACAAGAGGUCCUUCCAGACGAUGUUGCCAUCAACCCCGAAGCAGUAGCGCUUACGGAUACUGUUCAUGAUCUGGUCAACUCCUUCAUGGAUGCUCGGGCCGAUGCAGGGGUCGAAGUCGACGAGGUACGAGAGGCCGAGCGGAAGGCCUUCUUCCUCGACUUCAUCAAACCAUAUCAGCAACAUUCAGCCCAUGCACAGGAGGGAGCAAAAGGUGGUGUUUUUCAGGGCGACUUGGAAUCCAUAGAGAUGUACAACUUCCGUGGGCUCAAAAAUACGACCUCAUUCCACCUCGAUAGCAUGCCUCCCUCCGAGGUGUUUUUGGUUUCUGGUGCGAAUGGGUCUGGAAAGUCAACGCUCAUCGACUCCAUAGUGUGGUGUCUAUUCGGCGAAUUCGUGGCCACCCGAAUUCCAGUGGAGGAGAUUUCUUACAACAACGCCUCCGAAUGCUACGUGCGACUACGUUUCCGCAACGGUUACACCUUCGAGCGGUCACGGCGCGGAGGAGGGAAAAUCAAGAAGGUGACAUUCAAGAUCUUUGGGCCGGAUGGAGAGCUACAGGAACAUGGACACGACGCUACAACGAGUACUAAAUACCUGGUUGACAACAUCCUGCAUAUGGAUCUAUCCAUGUUCAAGCAGACUGUAGUGAUCGGUGAUAAUGCGGAGUAUUUCGUGCGUGCAGCGGGAGACAAGGGGAGGACCGAGUGUUUGGAUGCGAUGUUUGGGCUGGAUUUCUUGAGAGAUAUUAGAGAUGAGUUGACGGAGAUGUCGAAGGAAUUGACGCGUGAAGUGGCGGAAGCUAAAGCCACCAGCAGGGAGGUAUCUCUGCAACUCGUUGAAAACCAACGGCAGUGGGACUCCCGGCAGCGCGAGAUGUCUGACGAAGCCACUCGGGCAGAGACCCUAGAACGAGAAAAAACCAUCCUGGCCGUAAAGCUCGAACACCUCCGUCCUCAAAGGCUUCAACUCGACGAGGUCAUUGCCCAGAAGCGAGCAUUGCUUGACGUCGUUGAUAGCGAAAAACACCAUAUACUUGCCAUCAUUGAGGGAUUCUCCAACAGGAAUCGGAAAUAUCGGGCGGCGGCGAAGGAACAUGAACAGGUGCGCAAGAAUCGGGAUGAGUUUCUACGGAAGCAGCAUGCGGAUGAGAGAAAGGCGCAGGAGGCAGCGCGGAAGGCACAGGAGGCGGAGAUGAGAGAUGCGCAGCGGCCAGUGCGGAUCUUACUCUCACUCGUUAAGAGCUUGUGGACGAGCUUAAGGGACAUGCUCGGACUGCCGCCAGCUGUUGUCGAAGAAGAGAAUUUACCAAAGACGCACAACCAGCAACCCUCCCCUCCAUUCUACGACCAACAUCUCCACGAGUACAUCAAUAAAAAGAUAGAAGCCGUCGAUAGUAUCACCUCCACUCACCAGCGCCAUCUCCAGCAGGUCCUAUCCCGCUCAACUACCAUGACCCAAGACCUCAAAGUCCCUCUCUCACGCGCCCAACAACUAGACCAGGAGCUCUCAUCCAUAGAAAGGCGCAUCUCCUCCUCCUCAGGCCAGCUCCGUCUCAUCGCCUCCCAGAAAGUUGGACACCUCCGUAAAAUUGCCGCAUUUUCAGCCCGGGACAUCCAGCUGCAAGAACAGCUGUCCUCAUCCAAUAGAGGGCUAGAAGUGAAAGAGCACCGUCUCGACCUAGCCACAUUCUGGAAGACGCAGCUGGCAGAUACCGAGCGCAGCAAGGGCGGCUUCCUCACGCACUGUCGCAGCGGGUACGUUUCGCACAUCAAUUUAUUGAUCCCAUCGAUUCUCUCGCGGCUAUGCUCGGACAACGAGCAGCUUCUCUCGACCGAACAGCUUCUCUCAUUCGUGCUCACGGCAGAUUUCAAACUCCUACCCUCGUCAGACGCACUCUCACUCGCCCGUCGCAGCCGCGGCCAGCUGACGAGAACGUAUCUUGCACUGUUUCUGGCCAUGUUUGUCACCGCGAGAGCGAGGAUGCCGUUUAGACCGAACUUUAUGUUUAUGGAUGAGAUCAUCGAUGCGCUGGAUGAAGCGGGCAUGGAUGGGCUCCGCGCGUGGCUGGCGGAGUAUCUGAGACAAGAGGGAGGGAGGGCCUUCUUGUUGACACAUAGAGAGGUCCCUGGUGGGAGGAGUAUUGAGGUUGUUAAGGAGGCUGCCGGAGGGACUGUGUAUAAGUUGAAAGAUUAGUGAGAGGCUAUUCUAUCGAAAACACUGUGUUUUACUGUGUGGAUAGGUGAAUGUUUGUCAAGCUAUUUACACUACUGCUCAUUUCCUAGCGUCAUAAAGUCAAACGAACAGUCGGAAAAUAACCUAGAAGACCCCGGC